AUGGCCACUCCAGACAUGGAGGAGAUGGAGCAAUUCCAACAACUCUCUGACCAAUAUCAGCCAAACCUUCCCGGACCCUUGAUAGGGAGGAAAAAGCCCCUGUCCGACCUUGUGACCGAAUACGCACAAGCCGACCCAACAUAUGUGGUCAAGACAAAGGCCCUCGAAGCAACCCACUCUGCAUAUCGGCAAAUCAAGGGCGACGGGCAGUGCGGCUGGCGCGGAGCUGUUUUCGGCUACUUCGAGAUCCUGCUCCGAUCUGGAGAUCCCGGUCUUAUCACGCAAGAAUUGGUUCGCCUACGCAGUUUUGAGCAGACCAUGCGCAGCGUUGGCAUAGACUACGAUAUCAUAAUCGACAUGUUUGACUAUACAUGGGAGCUCUUUGACGCUCUCAAGGCUGCCAUCGAGCGCAGAGAUACAAAUGAAGCUGUGUUGCUUGAUUCACUGAAUGACGAGAAUAUAUCGAAUUCGAUUGUCUAUCACUUCAAGAUGAUGACAAGCUCUUUCAUGCAACUGCAACCGGACCGAUACGAAGCAUUCCUGGAAAUGCCAGUUCAACAGUAUUGUUUGACCAGGAUUGAUCCUGCAAAUCAAGAGAUUGACCAUGUCGGGCUUCAAGCCUUGACGGAUGCUAUCAUUGCGCCCGCAUUCUUCGCACUCGAAGUGGCGUAUCUGGACAGAAGCACCGGCGACGAAGUGACCUCAUACCAUUUCGUGGACAAUGCGAAGGAAUGGCCCACAAUUCGACUGAUAUAUCGUCCUGGGCAUUACGACAUCAUCUACAAAGAAGAUCAGAUUCUUGCCCCAGAGCCACAGCGACUGCAGGUGUAUCUACAGACGGAUGCUCCUCAAUAUGUAGGGCCUCACCACCAUGAAGUCUUCAAGUCCGAAGAUCCUCAAGCUCUCGAUGAAUUAGUGUACAUGUUCCCGCAUACCACACGGGCGCUGACAGAUUCUUCGCUGUCAUAUUCAAGCAAUAGCGUCUUCUCCCCCUCAUUCCAGAGUCCGGUGGCUGCGGUGUAUACACAAUCCAAUUCCGCACAGGCGUCCUACUUCCCACCGAUGCCACCUACUGGUUUUCACGCGAUACCACCUCCGCAACACCAGUCACAGCAGCCAACAUGUCCCCCAGUCAGAACCCACUCUCUCCCACAACGAAGCUAUUCUUCGUCGAUGCUACAGCUAACGCCGCAAAUCUCGCCUUCACCACAAUCCCCUCAGCCCCCAUCUCCGGCGACACCGAAUUCUGCCGUUACCAAACCAAUCAUCAUCAUGCCCAAUGCGAAAUCGAACGAACCCCAGAUCAGAUACAAUGAGAACUGUUUCAAUUACAGCCUUCAGGGCAACAAAAGCAUUCCGCUAGAUCCAGCAUCUUUUGGCAGUUCGGCUUUGAGCCCGGCACACUUUGCCAAUUCAGCCUUUCAACCUCUGAUAUGGAACGCGGAGGAAGAAUAUGGCAAGCGGGACUGA